CAAACCAGAGAUAUCGCGACAACACAGUGGUGAUAUUUAUGCUGGAAUAGAAGCGCGAUCUGUCAGUCAGAGAGGAGACCUGCUGGGACCACUAGAGGAGCAGAAUGGAGGGGAACCAGAACCUGGAGCACCGCACCGUCAACCUCGUUAAAAGGGAAGAAUCAGGCUCAUCCUCUGCUACCACCGAUAAACAGAGUCCAACAAAGCUGCAACAUACAGAAUACUGCUCAGUGAAUAAGAAACAAACAGGAAGAAUGGGACUCAAACAUCACUGCUGUCAGCACUGUGAAAAAGCUUUCACAACAUCAAGAUAUUUAAAGAUUCACCAGAGAGUUCACACAGGAGAGAAACUUCACAGUUGUGAGCAAUGUGGGAAAACUUUUACUACAGACAGUUCUCUAAAAAUCCACCAACGCAUUCACACUGGAGAGAAGCCGUACAGCUGUGACCAAUGUGGGAAAACUUUCACUGAUAACAGUAAUCUUAACAAACACCUGCGCAUUCACACUGGAGAGAAGCCGUACUGGUGUAACCAAUGUGGGAAAAUGUUUACUACAGACAGUAAUCUAAAAAGCCACCAACGCAUUCACACUGGAGAGAAGCCGUACUGGUGUGACCAAUGUGGGAAAACUUUCACUAGAGACAGUGCUCUAAAAAUCCACCAACGCAUUCACACUGGACAAAAGCCAUACUGGUGUGACCAAUGUGGAAAAACUUUCACUCAAGACAAUCAUCUAAAAAUCCACCAACGCAUACACACUGGAGAGAAGCCGUACAAGUGUGACCAAUGUGGGAAAGCUUUCACCAGAGACGGUAAUCUAAAAACCCACCAACGCAUUCACACUGGAGAGAAGCCGUACUGGUGUGAGCAAUGUGGGAAAACUUUCACUCACGGCAGUUCCUUAAAAACCCACCAACGCAGUUGUGAGGAAGUGCAACCUCAGUAAACUGGUCUUGGUUGGUACACUGUGGAAAAGAUUCCGAUCAGAGAAUCUCUUGUGGUAGGAGGGUUUGUUUAUUUCCACAAAGUUGAACAUACAGGUACUGCAGCAGUGUAUGUGUGGUCUGAAAUAAACAUAAGAAAAUAAAUGGUCUUAAAUGUAACAUAAA